UCUGUUCAUGAAUGUCUAUUGAUCUUGGCACAUCCAAGAGGGACAUAAGAAACUGAACAUUGUAUCAGUUUAUCAGAUAGGGACAUAAGGAACUUAAACGUUGUAUCAGUUAAUAAAUUAUCGUUUUAUCACCACUAAGGUUACAUUGUGUGAGUGGAUGUUUGCUCGUAGAACAUGGAAGACAUUCCCCUUUCUGAAAAGACUGCUUUUUUCAACAGCGUCAAUGCCGAUAAGAUGACAACGAACGGACUUCCGGAAAAGGCGGCAUUUGACUCGCCGGAUAUCCGGCGCCCGAAAAGCAAAAGGCCCGGAUGGGCGCAUGCUUGGGCAGAGUUUACCCAGCAAACAACAUUCCACGGGCUCAAGUAUAUAUGGAUGGAUGGCGCCUUCGUGUUCAGAAGACUUCUGUGGUUCCUGGUGGUUGUCAGUUGUAUGUGUGUGAUGGGUUACCAGAUUAUCGACCGCAUCAUCUAUUACAAUGACUUCCCUAUCACAGUCAACGUACACGUCAACUUCAACACGUCACUGUCCUUCCCCUCGGUGACGCUGUGCAAUCAAAACACAUUCAGGGCGACAGCGGCCACCUCAGAGAAGCGAUAUCGCCUGAUAGAGGAGAUGUUCUCUAAAGGUCACAAGUUAAACAUAUCAGUCCUCGACUCGUUCAACGCAACCGCCGUGACCCUCGAUGACCUUUAUAUUUCCGCCGCUCACAGGAAAGAAGAUCUAAUUGUCAGCUGUAAGUGGCAAGGGGAAGAGUGUGGACCACAAAACUUCACUGACAUUUUAACCGACCAUGGCAUGUGUUACACCUUUAACUCUGAACACUUCCAUGUUAGCUCAACAGGUUCUGACUAUGGACUAAAACUGACGCUUAACGUAGAGCAGUAUGAAUACAUGCCGGGACCUCAUAAUUCCGCAGGAGCAAAAUUGUUACUCCACGACCACAAAGAGUUCCCCAAAGUACAUGAACUGGGUCUGGCUAUAUCAACGGGAUCCCACACGUUUAUUGGUAUACAGCUGGUUUCCAUCAAGAACUUGGAGAAGCCCCACGGUGACUGUGGCAGCGCGAUGUCGCCCUACUACAGGGUGUACUCCACCGACUCCUGCCAGCUCGUGUGUGCCGUCAAGUACAUGACGGAAGAAUGCGGCUGUCGGCAUCACUUCAUGCCGCACAUCGAAGGACAACCACCAAUUUGUACACUGGAACAGUUCUAUUCCUGCUACGAAAAAAGAAUAAACAAAGUGAAGCAAAAGGUCCGGACUGACUGCAACUGCCCCAUACCCUGCGAAUUCUUCAUCUUUGACCCGACCAUCUCUUUCGCAUCCACGUCCAUGUACGCCACUGAUGGUCUGCUGGCGUCCACGAGCGUCAAAAAUCUCCAACAGAAGUAUCACUACGCCCGGGAGACCACCAGCGUCAUGGACAGAGUCAAAUUUAACAAGUUUCUUGACGCCCAGAAACUUGUCAUAGAGCAGCUGACAGCCCUUAAGACGAUUAUGUUCAGUGAUGUAAAAGCCAACAUCUUGGACCAAAAGACGACCAUAGAAAGCAUAUUUAACGACACCCACGCGGCCUGGAAGAAGAAAGACUACCUCUAUAAAUACCAAAUUUACAUGCUUCAGAAGAACUUCAUGAGGGUGAGAGACGCAAUGGAAGAACGGACCUUCAGUUCUUUAGCGCUUGGCUUCCAGGAAUACUCUUUUCAAAUCGAGACUAAAAUAAAGCAGCUGGCCAACGACAGUGUGAAAUCUGAUGACGUGAGGCAGACGAUCUAUAUUUUGACCCUGAAUGAACUUGACAGUAAGAUUGACCUGGCAGACAAGGCGUUUGAAAACUUCACGCAGCUGUACGGCGCGUACAGCAAUGCGACCCCGGUGUUUAGGUACAAGUAUUUUAAAGAGCCGAGAAAUGACAAUCAGUACAUCGCGCCAAAAUACCUGCUCGCGGAUUCCGUCAAUUAUAGCUCUUACGCGCGUAAGUUCAGCAGUCGACUUGGGGAUGACAUAGGCAAGUUCAGGAACGCUUUAUGCACCUACAGAGAACUGGCGAUUGAGGCUUAUUACAACCAUACGCUGAACGAUACGAAAUUUUAUCUCGCCAAUGUGAACUUUCUGUACCAAGGACGGAUGUAUUACCACAGCAAGAGCGGUUUUUACGCAUUCACGAUUAACUAUCCAUUAGAGGUUCUUCAGAAAAGGGUACAAACUCUACAAGACAGGUAUGACCGAUUUGACACUAUUAGUAAGGAUAUGGAAGAAAAUUUGAAGCGAGUAUUGUCCGAACUGACGUUGCUAGAAUCUACGAUAUUGAAAGAAUUGGACUUUGCACUGUCGCUUUCGGAGAUGUACGUAAAUUAUCGGAAUGUCACGAAACUGCGGGUCGCUUUGGAGAUCACGUCUCCGAAAAUUACCGAAGGCAUAAACGCCAUAACAGUAUUUUUUCAAAACCUUCGUGCACGUGGUCAAAAUAUUUACGACGGGUGGAAACAGUUGACACAGACGACGAAGGACAUAUGGGACACCGCGAUAAACGACAAAGACAUGCGUAUCUACUUCGAAUACAAAAAUGUGACAAUGUUUCUACAAAACUUUACGGAACUGGCGUCCGAUAUAGAGAGGAAUUUCACUCAAUACAGAAAUGGAUUUGACUUCCGAUUUUUUGUCGGAAAUGCUGACAGUGUGUUUACCGACAGUCUGGAGUCGAUGAUUGCACUGAUGUCAGAAUAUGUCGCAACCAGCAAAGUAGACAGUAAUUUUAUCAGGGAAAACUUCCUGCAACUUGAUAUAUUUUACCGAGAACGAAGUUACGAACAGAUCACCCAGCAAGUGGCCUACGACGUAUUUGGUUUGUUGUGUGAUAUCGGCGGCUCCAUGGGUCUGUUUGUUGGGGCCAGUGUCCUCACGGUGUUCGAACUAUUUGACCUCAUCGCACACCAGUCCAUCUACAGAGUGACGCAUGCGAAUAUAUAGAUUAUUCAGUGAUGCAUACGCACAUAUAAAUUCUACAUUAUGAAGUUGAAAUGUCCUUUCUUUUUUCUGUCUUUUUUAUUGAUUAACGUCGACCAAUAUUAUUUUGUAGUGUACUACAAUGCAAUUGAUUUUUAACUUGAAUAAAAUACAAACUAAU